AUGGAUUGCUUGGUAUUGCCCGUUUGUUUGUUGCGAAAGCGCAGCAGCAUGAGAUCACGGCUAGGUUACAGGCCCCUAAAGAGCGAGGAGGAUGGAUGUGGCGAGGCGCAGGUGACGGUGGUUUUCGGGAAACAGAAGCGGGAGUUUUUGGUGGAGCCUUUCGUGCUAGAGAAAAGUCCGUUCAGGGUUUUGAUCGAAACGAUGAAGGGAGGAAUGGAUGGAAGAAGGGAGGAGAAGAAGGUGAUAUUCGUGGACGUGGAUGAUAUAUUGUUUGAACACAUGCUUUGGUUGAUGAACAACGAUCGUUCUUCUUUGUUUCAGCUUAAUCUCGAGGAGAUUAUCGAUUUCUAUGCUCAAGAUUAUUAG